AUGGCAGGCAAAGCGUCCAACCCCAACAGCAUCUGGCUCUACGACCCUUCCUUACCCCUCGCCAUCGUCUUCACGAUCAUAUAUACCAUCCCUUUGGCAUGGCAGUUCUACCUCACUGUUGUGAAGUACCGGGCUUGUUAUUUUAGUGUGGUGAUUGUGGGUGCGGCGUUUGAGGUUGGUGGGUAUAUCAGUAGGGCGGUUAGUGUUGAGAAGGAUGAGGAGAUCCCACCCUACGCCGUCUCCUCCUCCCUCAUCGUCCUCGCCCCCCUCUUCAUCGCAGCAGGUAAUUACCUGCUCCUCACACGGCUGUGUACCCGAGUACUGCCUGAACAUAUAACGCAUAUUUAUCGUCUUCCGUUGAGGAAGUUAACGAAGAUCUUUGUGGCAUCGGAUAUUGUGACGUUGUUGAUUCAGGUUAGUGGGACAAGUAUUGCGUCGAGUAAUGAUUGGGAGGGGGGUAUGGUUCGAGUAGGCGAAGAUAUCCUCAUUGCAGGACUGGCUAUCCAAUGUUCCAGUCUUGUGGUAUUCCUCGCUAUUCUCUGGAAAUUCUGGACCCUGGCAAACACUCAGCAGAGAGACAAUGCAGGCAAUGGAUGGAGGUUAGUUGUGCGAGCCGUAGCGAUCUCCUGUCUCUUGAUUUUGGUGAGUGCUCUCUUUUCUCUCCCCUACCACCUCCCUCCUUUCCCCACUUGCCAUUUUCACGAUAUCAGGUGCGCUUUCGAGGGUGCUGAUGAUCGAACAGGUCCGCUCCAUCUACCGGCUCAUCGAAUUCGCGCUCGGUAUCUUCGGAUAUCCCUUUACGCAUGA